AUGGCCCUCGACAAGCAAACAUCCCUCCUUCUUCUUCCAUUCCAUAAAAAAUGGACCAUGGAUGGAACUGUUGUUGAAAACGAAAACAGAAUGAUAAGGAACUUGAAUUUCAGCGUCCUACACGGAGCCCCAUGGUCGAUAGGGAUCCUCAUGGGCUGCGACUUACACAAUUGGAAGAAGAAAUCGACUAAGUCGUCCAAAUCUUACUCCAUCGACAUGAUCUUCUUAGGCGGGAAAGAUGACCGGGAGGCUUUGACAUUAGCCAAAAGAAUAGCCCGUGACCCUAGAGUGAAGCUGACCUUGAUCCAUCUCAUUUCCGAUCAAGAGCCCGUGAAGGCCGUAGACUGGGACAUGAUGCUGGAUGUUGAAAUGUUGAAAGAUUUCAAGGAGAAUGAAGUUGGUGAUGGUUGCAACGUAACCUUUACACAAGAAGUUUCAAACGACGGAACACAAACCGCUAAGUUUGUUAGAUCGAUUACGGCUGAUUAUGACAUGAUCAUCGUAGGCAGACGUUGUGGGGUGGAGUCGGUCCAAACAACAGGCUUAUUGGAAUGGAGUGAAUAUCCUGAGCUCGGGGUCAUUGGCGACCUCCUUGCAUCCAUGGUUUUAGAUAGCAGGACACCGGCGGCGUUCAUGGACGGGGAGUCAUCACAUCUCCCCUACGGAAAUGAGACGCUCGAAAUUUGCAUCUUUUUACCGCCCAAGGUGAAUUCCGCCGGUGUCUGGGAAGACACUCCAUCGACGAUUUUGACGUAUUCGGUACCACUUCUGGAGUUACAAAUCCUCUUGAUAUUCUUGUUCACUCAUCUCGUUCAUGCCAUCUUCAAGCCUCUUGGAGUCACCUACUUCGCCUCACAAAUGUUUGCCGGCCUGAUCCUGGGGCAAAUACAAGGACUCCGUCGCAUAUUUUAUGCUGAAGAUUAUUUGGGUUUAGAAACCAUCGAGACUGCAUCAUUGCUUGGUUUCUCCAUGUUUUUGUUUCUAAUGGGAGUGAAAAUGGAUUUGAAGAUGGCAUUUACCACAUCAGGAAGAUCCGUGCUGGUUGGCGUUAUAUCCCUUUUAGCCCCUAUGUUGGUUGGUUUAGCUGUUUACCAGACCUACAAAGAGCCUGAACAGACUAAAACGCUAAUCUUGGAACGCUUGAUGGGAAUAACCAUUGAAUCUUUAACGUCUUCUUCUGUCAUCGCGCACCUUCUCACCGAGCUCAAGAUCCUGAAUUCUGAACUGGGACGAAUGGCUCUGUCGUCGGCGGUUGUCUGCGACAUUAGCACCUUAGUGCUAGUUUACGCCAUUUCUUCGUGGCAACGCUGGACCGUCUCACCACUGCUCGCUGGAGCGCAUGCAGCGGUAAUGGUAAUGUUUGUGCUUCUCAUCUUUUUUUUGUUCCGUCCAUUGAUGUUUUCGAUAAUUAGAGGAACUACAGAAGGCAGGCCGAUCAAGGACGUGUACAUUGUGAUCAUUGUGAUCGUAGCUCUGGGAUGUGGUGUGUUUACCACUAAGUUCAAUCAGUCUGCUUUAAUCGGCCCUUUUCUCAUCGGUUUAGCUGUCCCUGAAGGACCACCAUUAGGAUCUGACCUGGUCAACAAGUUUCAAUGCUUUGUCAAUGGUGUCUUUCUUGCAACCUACGUAACCACAUCUUCAAUGACCAUUAAACCAUGGUUGUUGUUUACCGAUCUGACUACCCUCAAAUUUUCUCUACUUAAUAUCGUUUUCUCAUUCUUGGCCAAAUUUAUAUCUUGUUUCGUGGCUUCAUUUUGGGGCAUGAUGCCCUUCAAGGACUCUUUGGCUUUUGCUCUAAUUAUGAGCUGCAAAGGCGUCGUGGAGUUGUCGUAUUUCGUCAGUUUCAGAGACAUUGAGUAUAUGUCAAAACAAGCAUUCAGCAUCUUUACCCUUGAGGUUCUCGUAAAUGCAACGAUAAUCCCGAUCCUGGUGAAGUUCCUUUACGACCCAGAUUCAAGAAAAUAUGCAGGAUAUCAGAAAAGGAACAUACAACACUUGAAACCCAAUUCAGAGCUACGGAUUCUUGCGUGUGUUCAUAGACCAGAACAUGUCUCGGCCUUGAUCGAUGUGCUAGAUAUCACAUGCCCUACGAAAGAGAGUCCUAAUGUUGUUUAUGCCCUUCACCUGAUUGAACUGACGGGUCGCGAUACUCCAAUCUUUAUAGCUCAUAGUAGGAACGAAAAGGUAGUCAAGGGUUCCUUCAAACACAUUCUUGCUUUCCGUCAAUAUGAAGAAAACAACAGGGGAUUCGUUACAGUGAAUGAGUUCACAGCAAUAUCCCCGCCUAAACUGAUGCAUGAGGACAUCUGCACUAUGGCCCUCAACAAGCAAACAUCCUUCAUACUUCUUCCAUUCCAUAGAAAAUGGUCCAUUGACGGAUCCAUUGAACUCGAAAACAGUGUGAUAAGAAACCUGAAUUGCAACGUCCUAAAUAGAGCACCUUGCUCGGUAGGGAUUCUCGUCACCCGAAGUGUAGAUGAAUGGGUGAGAACACCGAUGAAGGUGUUGAGGUCAUCGUUCUACUCCAUUUCCAUGAUCUUCUUAGGCGGAAGAGAUGACCGAGAGGCUUUAACAUUAGCCAAAAGAAUGGCUUAUAACCCUAGGGUGAAGCUGACUGUGAUCCAUCUUAUUACUAAUGAAGUCCAUGUCAAUGACAUGAACUGGGACAUGAUGUUAGAUGCUGAGAUAUUGAGAGAUAUCAAGCACAAUAGAUCUAGUAAUGUUUGCAACGUGAUGUAUGUACAACAAGUUUCGAAUAGCGGAUUGCAAGUUGCGAGAAUCGUUCAAUCGAUUGCAGACGACUAUGACUUGAUCAUCGUUGGUAGACGCCACGGGAUGGAUUCAGUACAAACGGCAGGUUUAUCGGAAUGGAGUGAAUUUCCUGAACUAGGGGUCAUCGGAGACCUUUUUGCAUCCACAGAUAUAUAUAGCAGUGCAUCUGUUCUAGUUGUGCAACAACAGAAUUAUGUAGAUUAG